CAUCUCCGCCUUCCCUUCAUAACUCUCUCUCUCUCUCUCGAUUUGUGACUUGGGUUUUGGAAUUUUUUUUUGGGGGUUUUGAGAUGAAGGUGACCGUUGUCUCUCGAAGCGGCCGAGAGGUGGUCAAGGGUGGGAUCGAGCUCGAAGACUCGGCUACUGUCAGCGAUUUGCAGGAGGCGAUUCACUCUCGUGCCAAAAAAUUCUAUCCAUCUAGACAGCGUCUCACCCUGCCUCUGCAACCUGGAACCAAGGGAAAACCUGUUGUCCUCUCUCCAAAGAAAUCUCUCAAAGAUUACUGUGAUGGAAAUACAAACACUCUGACUGUAGUAUUCAAGGAUUUAGGCGUGCAGGUCUAUUACAGCACUCUAUUCUUCUGGGAGUAUCUCGGUCCUUUAAUAAUCUACCCCAUCUUUUACCACUUUCCUGUGUACAAGUAUUUCGGUUAUGAAGAAGAGCGUGUCAUUCAUCCAGUUCAAACCUAUGCCAUGUAUUACUGGUGCUUUCACUACUUCAAACGAAUAAUGGAGACAUUCUUUGUUCAUAGAUUCAGCCAUGCAACUUCCCCUCUCUCCAAUGUCUUCAGAAACUGUGCUUAUUAUUGGAGUUUUGGGGCAUAUAUCGCUUAUUAUGUAAACCACCCGCAUUAUACUCCUGUGAGUGAUUUGCAGAUGAAAAUUGGAUUUGGGUUUGGGUUGAUCUGCCAAGUUUCGAACUUAUACUGCCACCUGAUUUUGAGAAAUCUUAGAAGCCCAGAUGGAAAUGGUGGAUAUCAGAUUCCUCGUGGGUUUUUGUUCAACAUAGUGACAUGUGCGAAUUACACAACGGAGAUCUAUCAGUGGCUAGGGUUUAAUAUUGCAACACAAACAGUAGCUGGAUAUGUUUUCCUUGUUGUGGCUGCUUCAAUUAUGACUAAUUGGGCUUUUGCUAAGCACCGGAGGUUGAAGAAGUUAUUUGAUGGAAAAGAAGGAAGACCUAGAUAUCCACGACGAUGGGUGAUACUUCCUCCUUUCAUCUAAGGAGAGAAAGGACUCUGAGCUCGCAAAAUCCCGUUUUCUUAGCAAUCUGCAUUAGAUUAGAGUUCUUCGUACUGUAUUACGUUGCAUGUCAAAGGCACUCUUCUCAAUUCCGUAUUCUUGUUAAAUCGAUAUCUUAAUGAUUCAUGAACGUUCUCAAGAUUGGUCGUCAAAAAUGUUAAUUUAACUCUGGUUUCAAUUUCUUCAAUUAUCAUAGUGCAGCUUCUUGUUCACUGA